AUGGCGAACUUCCGGCGGUUUCGACCGGACGAUCUCAACAAGCUGUCCAAGUGCAAUCUUGACCCUUUCACCGAAACUUAUGCGCUCAACUUCUAUCUGCAAUACUAUGCGAAGUGGCCGUCACUCUUCCAGGUAGCUGAAGAUCAAGAUGGUAACAUAAUAGGCUACAUCAUGGGCAAGCUCGAGUCUUCCCCCGAUUACUACAAGUUUUCCGAGCACUAUCUACCCUGGCACGCCCAUAUUACCGCCGUCACCGUGGCCCCCGAAGCUCGCCGGCUGGGCAUUGGCAAGCUGCUAACCCAGCAACUCGAGGCCGCGGCAGAUGCCAACGACGCCUGGUUCGUGGACCUCUUCGUCCGGAGCACCAAUCAUAAGGCCAUCACGUUCUACAAAAGCAUGGGAUAUAGCAUUUUUCGAGUCGUGAAGGACUAUUAUGGCGACCAUACGAGCGACCCGAACCUCCAUAGCGAGGAUGCGUAUGACAUGAGGAAGGCUAUGAAGCGGGAUGUAAAAAAGGAACAUGUCCGAGCAGACGGGGAGAAGUAUGAAGUCGACGCCAGCGAUGUCUGGUGA